UUUUGAUUAUGUAACCUGGAUAGGAGCUGUGGACCUGACAGUCGCGCAAAUCAUAGUUGAUGGACCCUGGACCAACAGAAGAUAGAUUGCUCUAUACAAGUGAUUACCUUCGAUAUGGCAGGCAAAUGAUUCUGGACGGCUUCGGUCUUGAAGGUCAGAUCAAGUUACAGCGGUCAUCAGCAGUCGUGGUCGGUGCAGGUGGACUUGGCUGUCCGGCCCUGCAAUAUCUUGCCGCCGCUGGCGUUGGACAUAUUGGCAUAAUCGACCACGAUAAGGUCGAGCUGUCCAACCUCCAGAGGCAAGUCUUGCAUAGCGAACAGAUGAUUGGGAAGCCGAAGGCUUACUCGGCUGCGGAAGCCAUACGGAGGAUCAACUCCAGCAUCCAAGUUACUACACUGACCGAAAUGCUGAGUCCUUCGAACGCAUUGUCGUUUUUACAACCUUACGACGUCAUCUUGGAUUGCACGGACAAUGCACCCACGCGGUAUUUGCUGUCCGACACUGCCGUACGGCUCGGAAAACCCCUAGUCAGUGGUGCUGCCCAAAAGUAUGAAGGCCAAUUUUGCAUCUACAAUCUCGGACAAAACGGCCCUUGUUACCGAUGUAUAUUUCCUAAACCUCCUGCACCACAGGCAGUUGGUACUUGUGAAGAAACAGGUAUACUGGGUGCUGUGACAGGUAUCAUCGGCAACAUGCAAGCACUGGAGGCUGUCAAGUUGAUCACAGGUCUGCAUGAUGGAAAUGCCACUCUUCUACUUUUCUCUGCGAUCUCCAGUCCCCCUUUCCGUUCUAUAAAACUCCGUGCUAGGCAGCCGACGUGUCCUGCAUGCGGACAGCAGGGGCCGAAACCUCAUAUUAUCGAGGGGAUGGAUUAUGUUACUUUCUGUGGAGGUGCAAGACCCAAUUGGCUGGAGCAGGGAUUGAUAGCUGGAAGUCCUGGAGAGCGGAUCAGAGUAGAAGACCUACGGCGAGAAAUGGAUUUACAGGAGCAGUACCUAUUAAUUGACGUGCGACCCAGGACGGAAUUUGGCAUCUGUCAUAUCCCAGGAUCAAAAAGUAUUCCACUUUCAGAGCUACUUGCCGAACCUGCCACCCAUAUACCUGCAAUCUGUACAACCAAGAUUUUCGUUCUUUGUCGACUCGGCAAUGAUUCCCAGAUCGCUGCACAGGUGUUUCGCGACCUUGAUCGCAACCUGAAUGUCAGAGAUGUCGUUGGAGGUCUGAGAGCAUGGUCUCAACAUAUUGACCCACAGUUUCCGAUCUAUUGAUAUUGUCCUUUACCGUCACAACAUUGAUAAUAUUUGUAUGCUCGAAAAAUUGUGUAAAUAUUCUACCAUAUUCAUUUCCCUGGCGACCAAUCGUUAUGGGCCCCCAAUAGGUAUAACCAGAGGUUAU